GUGACGCUGGGCACGCGGUGUGUCGGAGAAUGGAGUCAGCGGAAUAUGAAGAGUGGAUGCUGGGUUCUAUCAGGCUGUGAGUGUUCCUUGGGAUCCCGCCCCAGCAGUGCACACGGAGGUAGAGAGCAUCCCCAGGGGGGCUGAGCAUGCUGGGAGUUGUAGUUCCCAGCCAGUUUAUUGUUCUCAGUUUGAAAUAACCAGCUGGGCUAAUUCUGUCAUUAAAUUCAGAUGGAAUGCCUUGCAAUUCUCACUUUAGUGAAUAACCCUGAUUUACCUCUUUAUUGAGGGUUCAAUAAGCAGCAAAUGGCAAAAUGAAGGUGGUUAUGGUCAUGGGCUGGCCAUUACAGUCUGAAUCAGGGCCAUGGUGAGGAGGGGGGGCUACAGCCCAAUGUGGGGCCCUGUAGCCAUGACAGGCGGCAUGCUGUGCCCCCCAACCGGGGAUCGGACAUGUCCAGGAGCAAUGCAGUGAUAGAGAUACGGCGAAUGUGGGACGCCAUCUUAUUCGCUGCGUUUCUCUAUUACUGCGCUGCUGCUGGGCCGGAGCGGCCGUACAAAGGGCCUGAGGAACUGGGCCGGUAGAAAGCUGCCUGCUCUCCCUACAGGAGGCUAGCGGCCGCCGUCCCUGAAACCGAUACCAGACCUACCGUCCCCUUACCCCCUGCACGAAAAUGGCCUCCAACGGAGCCCAUAUCCUUCUAAAAUCUUAUACAAGUGUGCCUUUGUGUGUCUGGAUGCGCCUGUGGGCUUAUAUCUAUGGGUGUGUGUCAAGGGGCGUGAUAAAGGGUGCUGUUUUGGGGAGGGGCCAUUAGGAAAGCAUUACCAAAUUAUAUUUGGGCUACAGCCUCUGGGCUUUUUGAUCCCAGCUACACUCCUGGUUUCAAUUAUAAAAUUUUAUUUAUUUUCCCUUUGGGUUUAUUUGCUUUACACUGAAUUGAGUAAACUGACAGUUAAUUGUUUUCUGACUGAGUAAAUUAUGCUUUUGCAGCAUGUAAUGUCGUGAAAAACGCAGAGGAUUACCUCUCCUUCCUUACUGGCGCAUGCACACAAAGACAAUCCUUCCUUCAUUUCAUAUGUGCACAUGCAUUUAGUACACCAGGAGUUACACUAGUUUGCAGGGAGUGUUAACUAGAAAAUGAGAUCUGGUGAGAACAAUAAAUAUAUAUAUUUAUUAUUAAUUUUUUUAAAUAAUACAAAAAUAAUUAGCUGUUUGUAUGUGUAAACAUUCUGUAAGUGACCGUUCCUCUGUAAGCCAAACUAUAGAUUAAACAAUAGAUGAGAAUUUUUCCAAAUCAGUUGCAAAGUGAAUUUCAAAUUAAAGACCAAAGUAGCCGAAGCUGGAAGCAUAGCUGACUUGGAGAAUGUUUGCAGCUCAGCAAUAUUGACUUUAACCCCUUAAGGACGGCGGGCGGCUCUAAACACCGGCGGGCGGCAUAGCACGUCCACUUACCUGCCCGUCGGCGAUCACGAUUGGGGGACUUACCUGGCAUCCCAGGGAGCCCCCUUGCUGCCGAUCUGGCCCUCUUGGGCCAUGUGAUCGCGAGGAACUCACGAUCACAUGGACAGAGUAGCCUGUCCCCUUAGCCAUGCCCCUUUACUCAGUCUCAGCCCCAACAGCAGUCCGUGAGCUGCUUUUAAAGGAUCACUAUAGGGUCAGGAACACAAGCAUGUAUUCCUAACCCUAUAGUGAAAACCCACCAUUUAGGUGGCUUGCACCCUUCACCCCUUAGCUCCCUCAGAAUGGGUUAAAACUCACCUUAUUUUCAGCUCUCCACGGGUCUUCUGGUGCUGCCUCUCCCCCUUUGUGACAUCAUCAAAAGUGCUGAUUUUUAGCCAAUUCAAUGGUUUCCCACGGGGAAAGCAUUGGAUUGGCUAAAAUCGGCAAGGGGGCAGGGCGAAUCAGCGCCUCCUCAUAAAGAUGCAUUGAACCAAUGCAUGUCUAUGAGGAAAAUUCAGCGUCUCCAUGCAGAGCGUGGGGACGCUGAACGGCAGUGCUGCUUACUGUGCAUCCCUGAUCCAGGAAGCACCUCCAGUUGCCAUCUGAGGAGUGGCCACUUGGAGGUGUCCCUAGGGGCAAUGUAAACACUGCCUUUUCUUUGAAAAGGCAGUGUUUUCAUUAAAAUGCCUGAAGGCAAUGAUUAUACUCACCAGAACAACUUCAUUAAGCGGUAGUUGUUCUGGUAACUAUAGUGUCCCUUUAAUUAUAUUGCGUAAAGGCUCACCCUGGAUUGACAAUUUGUUGCAAUUGCACAAUUUCCAUAUCAACAUAAACCACACUCUGCCAUUUACACUAAAUUCUCUGGUCUAGUUACAAAUAAAAUUAUAAAAUAAUUCCUCAACGUCAGUGGAAGAAAAGUCUAUGUGUCACCCAAAAUGGAGGAGAACAUCAUAUGUCAAAUGCCGUCUGCAAACCUUAUUAUUAUUAUUAUUAUUAUUAUUAUUAAACCUAUCCCCAUACUAAAUUGUUUGAUAACACAGAAAAUAGCUAGCAAAUGCUCGAAUGACCACUAAAAGCACCCACUGAAUCUCAUUGAAGUGGCCUGGAUGCAGUGGUCAUUUAGUUUUAAUCCUGCAAUGUAACGCACUGCCUUUUAGUGGUCACAGCAAUGCUUACAUUGCAGGGUUAAAUAUGCUUCUAGUGGCUGUCUUCCAAACAGCCACUGAAAGCACUUCUCCAGUGAUUACAAAGUCAUCCAUUUCGUUCCUAUUGCUCCUCUGAGAAGCGUUGGAUUGGAUGGUUAGAAGGGUCGGAGUGAUGUCACGGGAGGCCGUUCAAGCGGCUGUAGUGACUCUUGGCAUUUCGAAAAUGGUAAAUAAUAUACCUUAUUCUAGUUUUUAUUUAGAUUUGGGGGAAAGUAAAGAGAACACUAAAGCAUUAGGAAUUCAGGUUUGUAACGCUAUAAUGUUAAUUUAAGCAUUAAACUGGAGUAUAUAUGUACAUAUAUAAAUAUAUAUCUGUCCAUCAAGAAUGUGGCCAUGUAAGAAUUGAAGAGAGAACCUCAAAAACAGGAAAUGCCAUUCUGGUUCUCUGAUUGACAAGGCACAGCUACAGCAUCCACUUUCAAGACCUUAGUCGUCAAUUUGACAAAUUAUUCUAACAAUAAGUUGAAGGGCAGUAACCUGGCACCAUAACCACAUCAAUAAACAAAUGUGUUUUUGUUGCUUAGCAUGCUCCAUUAAUAGUGUAAAGAUAAAUGCCAUUGUAAGCAUUUACAGAACAGAGGGGGGGAAAGGACAUUAAUCAAAUAAUCACUAAUGCUAUUUCCUUUCAGAUAUAAAGACCUACAUGACUUUGAACUGCAGGAUCCCACAAGAGUUCUUGAGUGGAUUGGUGACAAAAGUAAGCAAAUAGCUUUUUUUAUUCCUGCAUUUUCAAUGUAGUAUCUGAGAGUCUGGUGUAAUUGUAAGCAUUUUUCCACAGCUAUCUGCAUAGCCGGUUUUGAAUCUGCCAAAACGAAUGAGAUUUUACAGCUGCUUCUUCCACCGAAAUUACAUGCAGUAGAAAAUCAGGUCAGUUUGUAACACAGCUCGACUAUGCCCAUUGUACAACGCUGCGGAAUUUGUUGGCGCUAAAUAAAUAAUAAUACACAAAUGUAACUUAAACUUAGCCUAACUUUAUCAGGACUGGGGAAAUGUCACUUAAAGGGUUACUUCAAACAUCAUAGCCACUACAGCCCUCUAUAGGAGUACCCCGGCGUCGUUCCCCAGUAAUGGAGCAAACCGUUAACUUAGUUGGGUUGGCUGCCGAUUUACUGAGGGCACUACAAUGGGUCAGAUACCACCUGAAAUAAUUCUGAUUCAUACUCAAAAACUGCGCAUACUGGAUCCAAGCACCAUGACCACUUCAUCACUGGGAUCCAAGCAUCAUGACCACUUCAUCACUGAACUGGUCCUCGCGCUUGGAGUAAUCCCUUAAUGUUCCCAGAGAGUAAAAUAUCUCCAAUAUGCAGUGAAAUAGAAGUUCAAUCUUUUGUCUAUAGGUCUCUGCUAGAUUUGUUUGCAAGUCACUGACCAGCAGCCAAGCAGACCUUUCCUGCAUUUUUGUUCCAGGGUACCUUCACAAAAGGCGUAAUUCACCCGGAGGAAUAGUAGAAACAUGGCUUGAUUUCAGCUAGAUAGUACACUGAGCUUGGACCCUGGUGAGGGCUCACAUGCACCUGGGUUUGUGAGGAUCUCACAAUAAACUGCUUUAUGACCAGUUUACUAUUGUAUUUCUACAUUUCAAAGCACAUAUUCCAUAGUGACGGGUUAUUGUGCACUCAGUGUACUGUGUAAUGCAAGAGUGCGUCAUGUUUCUUUUAUACCACAAGCAUAGGCAGAAUUUAGAACCAUAGAUGGAUACAAACUACACAUCCCUGAUGCUCCGUUAGUCCAGCCUUCAUUGUGCCAUAAGUCAUCGCUUUAAUUAGCUCAGGUUUUUUUUUUUUUUUUUAUUGUUUGUGCUGCAUAAUGUGCAUUUUCCCAUCAGUUCACCAGGUGGCAGUAUUGUUCUGUUCUUUCAGCUAGCGUUGGCCAACGUGGACACUGCUCCACAUAUUAGGUAGACUGGGAAUGAUGAAACAUUCCUUCAAAGGCAUUUAAGCAAUGAAAAGGGCAAACCAUUGUUUUCUAUGUGGGUUUUACUAGAGGGUCCUGUCUACUAAGCUGCACAUUGUGUUGUUUCUAUUUUUGCUUUCCUCUUAAUGCAAGAGAAGCAAGCAUCACUGGGCACAUCCAUUUAAAUAAAGAGAACAUACGGAAACUGCUUGGCAUUAACCUCAAACCUAAUACCAUACAGUUUAACAUUUACCAUCUAUCCUAAUUAUAGGGUACAAAGGGUAACCAACAAGUCCGUUUGUUAAAGAGAUACUCAAAGCCCCAAAAUAACUUCAUCUUAAUGAAGCAUUUUUGGUGUAUGCAUAAUGUCCUUGCAGUCUCAAGUCUCUGCCAUAAAGCAGUUAAAUCACUUUGUUUCUGUUUAUGCAGCCCUAGCCACACCUCCCCUGGCUUUGACUCACACAGCCUACGGGAAAAAAAAUUAUUUUCAAUCAGAUAUUACAGCACAAUGUGUUUACCUCAAAAGUUUGUAGCUCCUGCUCUGUUAAUUGAACUUUAAUCACGCACAGAAGGCUCCUUCAGGCUCCAGAUAAGAAUUACCUGAGCAGGAGAUAAGAUAUUCUAAAUUGAACCACUCAAAGGGCUACUCAAACCACCAUGACCCCUUCUGCUGUGGUGCAAGCAGUCUGUAUGUGCAGAGUUUGUUUGAAAGGCUACCUAUACAGAGAAAUUACUGCAUUUGUGUCAGUAUAUAGACACAUCAAGGACACAUGACUUGGGCCUUAAUUUAAUAUUGUUUUUUGUUUUUGGAUUCAAAUUUAAAAGUAUUUAUUAUUGUAAAACAUAUUUGUAUUUUGUAAAAUGAUGAUAGAGAUAUAUAUAUAUGUAUGUAUGUAUAUACAAAAAAAACACUUUAAAAAAUAUUUAGUGUGUUGAAAAGAAAAAUCACCAAAAAAUUUAUCUAAAAAUAUUAAGUAAUUGCGAAAACUUAUCCUACAGUAUUAAAUCUAGCACGGAACUCUGUUCCAAACUGACUAAUGUCAGUUCUGUGCAUAAAAAGCAUCCAUCUUUAGCACGCACUGUGUGCCGGCAGGGGAUGUAAUAAGCUUUCUGCAAGGAGAAAUCUGUAGGACUGUAACGCACACAGUACAUAUCACUUGCUUAAUAGAUUGUUUUUCCCCUCCCUCAAAACCUCCCCAUGUCCAGCCCUCCCAGCCUCUUUACGUUAUAUUUUAUGUCCUCCCCCUUUUACUUCCCAUCCCUCCAUGCCAUCCUCUCUCCACCCCUUCUUCCUCGGCUCAAAUUGAGCACAAUUCAUGCAUGCGCUCUGAGCCCGUAACCUGUAAGAUCUAAUAAGAUUUCUCAGGUUACUGUAUAUGAUCCCACAGAAGACGCCCUGACGGAACAGUGCUGGAGAGGAGAGGAAGACAUUGCCGAAGGUCACUUGAAGAAGAAUCAGCUCAUCACUUUUGUAAGUAUAUUAUAUAUUUAUUAUUUUUAUUAUUUUCUAUAUUAUACUUUGCAGUUGUUCAGUAACUGUUUUGUGAAUAUAACCCUUUUUAUAUUUAUUAUUUAAAAAAUUGUAAUUCUUUCAGCAUUUAAAGGGGGACAUAACACAACAAAUAAAUAUCAAUAUUUUUUUCCCUUUGCUGCACUUUCACAUUCUUUGUGAAUUUGAUGCCUCAGUCAUGUCGACGCUCGCACAGCCAUUUACAUGGAAAUUCUGUACGAGCACAUAUGUGCACUGCAUUUUAUUGACCAGUGACUUGCACGUGAUUACAACAUUAUUCACAGCUAAUCAUUGUAUGUGGUAUUCAUAUGCUAUCAGCAGUAUCACCACUGUUAUCUUUAUACUGACAACCUAGGCAUUUUUGAACUAGGAACUAUAUAUUAUUUCUACUAUUUACUAUUACCUGUAUCCCACAUAUGCAACAUAUAGGAUUUAUAUGCUCUACAUCCUAUAUUGCUCCACUAAUUAGAAUCAAUUCUAUACUCCCCCGAUAUUAGUAGGUAUUUAUCAGAUACAAUCUCCCGGCUAGCACAGACGUGUGCUUUUUCUCAUGAUUUAUAUACCGUGUGACUUCAGAGUCUUCUUACUUCGAGUUAUCGAGCUCCGCAUUUAUUUUACCCCAUUCAUUUUAGGUUUCCACUAUUUAUUUAGUGUGUAGCACUUUGGGUGAUUGCUAUUUUUUGCAAUUUUUACAUUUUAUGAAUAAAUUCUUUUGUUUUCUAUUUUUCUAGUUUCUCAAGUGUACUUUAGACUUCUACAUUUAUUGUAGAAACUUUUAGUACUUUACAGACCAUUUUUCUCCCAGUAUCCUCUCAUUGGUACACUACCUCCAAACAUUUUUGUCUAUAUAUUCCUAACACUACAGUUUUUCCCUAUCUAUUUAGGUGUCCCCCAAAGUAACUUUUGCUUACCUUAUAUCCUGAGGCACGCUAGUUUCCGAGUCAAACAACCUCCCGAACAGAGAACUUUAAGACUGAUUAUCUCAACCAUUCCAAUGUUUUCCCGUAAGGAAACAUUGGGAGGCUAGUGUGCAUGCGCAGCAAAAUGCAGGACUGCGCCAAUCAGAUGGUCUCUAUGAGACCAUCUGGUUGAAUAACGGAUUUUAACUUGGCAGUUUUGGCAGAAGCGACUCUACUGGCUGUCACAAAGACAUGUUAAUUCUGCAAUCUAAACAUUGUUAUUCCUGCAAAAUAGCAAUUUCUUUCAGUUGCAGGUUUAAAAAGUCAAGAGCAUGGUAAAUGCUGGGUACCACUCCCUGCCUCCACUACUGCUUACUGGUAUCCGGAAUUUCCUGUUACCUGAGUGAUUAUGUUGCUUGUAGUUUUACUGUAACCAUUAUACUUUUGUUAACCCUCAACAAAAUCCACACGACUGAGGCAUGUUGGGAACAGUUUGCUUAGACUGGGAGAAGUGCAUGUGCCCUGCGAGACCCAGCUCUUGAGUCAAAAUGUUUUAAUAAGUACUGUGGUGCUGCCAGGUUAUACCAAACUACUGAAUUAAAAAAAACUGGGCUAUAAAUAUCUAAAUUUCAUUUUGCUCUUUAAUAGAUGAGUAUUUUCACUAAAUAAAAUGUUUUAUAUAUUUGACAUUGCUGAUUGAUUAAAAAUAACGGUUUGUUUAUUUAUUAGGAUUUUGGUGGAAUUCUUGCAGUGUGUAAUAGAACAAACAUCAACUAACCCACUGUAGUUGGUAAGUUGCAUUUUUUAUAUUCCUUUUUGAACAUGGUAUAAUCCUCUUUAAUUCUCUCAUAUCAUUAUCAUAGUUUUUAUUUUAUAUCUCUUUCUUUCUUUUCAUUCGCUACCCCCUUCUCUGUUAUAUGUUCUAGACAGAGAUUUAUAUAAAUGCAUAUUUUUGUAUAAUAAUAUUCCUUUCAAAUACGUAUACAUUAUUAUUUCUUUUUGUUCUUUUGUUGACAAAUACUGAUUUGAAAAAAAAAAAUAGUUCAUCUUUAUUUUUUUUUAUUUUUUUUUUUUGUUUUUUUUGUAGGGGCUGUCCAUUCUGUAAAAUCCAGGGAGAGUCCAAAAUACCACAAAUAAACUUCAUUAUUAGGUAAGUCCACAGAUUUUCUAAAUGUGUUAUCUAAGUGUCAUGAUCACUUCUGUCUUCACAAAUGGCCAUGGUUCGGGAAACCUUUACAAUCCAGUGUUUCAUUCUUAAAGGAGCACUAUAGGGUCAGGAACACAAACAUGUAUUCCUGACCCUAACGUGUUAAAACCACUAUCUAUCUCCCUUGGCCCCCUUUGCCUCCCUAGAGAUGGUAAAAUCUUACUUGUAUUCAAGUCUGAAGUUGCUGCCUCUGCUUGUAAACUUUCUAUGACAUCAUCAGAAGUGGUGGCCUGAUCCAAUCACAAUGCUUCCCCAUAGGAUUGGCUGUGACGGACAAAGAGGCAGAUCAGGGGCAGAGCCAGCACAAUUCAAACACAGCUCUGUGAAUCUCUAUGAGGAAAGUUCAGUGUCUGCAUGCAGAGGGAAGAGAUACUGAAUGUUUGGAUGCAUUUUAGGCAGCCAUGACCCAGGAAGGAUCUCUAACAGCCACCUGAGGAGUGGCCAGUGAAGUUAUCACUAGGCUGUAAUGUCAACACUGCAUUUUCUCUGAAAAGACAGUGUUUACACCAAAAAGCCUGAAGGUAAUGAUUCUACUAACCAGAACAAAUUCAAUAAGCUGUAGUUGUUCUGGUGACUAUAGUGUCCCUAUAAAGUCUUCACAUAAAGAUCUGCUGUCCGAAUGUAACUCCACCUGUUGCAGCUGUUUUCUUUAGCCAUUUUUAGAUUUAUUUGUAAGCCUUGCACCGUGAUUCUAAUGGUCAUUAUCUGAUAGCACUUUGUAGAUACUCUUAGCCAAUGAUUGGACAUUGCAUUACACACGCCAAUUUGGGGUUUUUAUCUAAGUGUUUUGUUUUAAACAGUAUAGCUAUUCUUUAAAAGGUUGCGUUUUCAUCUAUGAAAAUUGCCAGUUCGUUCAACAGGUUUCCUUGGUAACGAUCACAUUUUUAUUAUUUUAGGCCACGUGAUUUAUCUUUGAUAAAUCUUCCCCGUUGUUUUCUAUCCUUGAUGGCUUAAAUUGGCUGAGAGUGCUGUGUGUUUUAUUUGUCUGCCACACACUGUUCAUUUAAUUUCUUUACAUCAAUGUGCAGGACACACUCAUACACACUGUCUAUUUAAGGGAUUUUUAUGCUUUUGGAGCUCUGUGGUACACGCAUUGUGCAUGUGAUUGAUUUUAAGGUUUGUGAAGCUCUGCUUUGCACUCAGCACAGUGGAUAUAUCCGUCACUGUUAUUGAUGUAGAGCUCUUCAAUACAUUUAGACACACCUGACAUUAUUAAUGGUUUGUUUAUGGUUGUUGUGACACAUUCAAACACACUGUGCAUGUCAGAGGAGCUCUGAGAUACUCUGACACACUGUGCCUUACUCUGAUUUUAAUGGAUGUUGAGCUCUGUGAUACUCUGACACACUGUGCAUUAUAGUGAUUUUCAUGGCUGCGAAGCUCUGUGCUACACUAUCAAACUCUACAUUUCAGUGUGAUUUUCAUGGAUGAAAAGCUCUGUGAUACUCUCUGCCACUGCAUUACUGUGAUUUUCAUGGCUGUGGAUUCUGUGAUACACGGACACUGCAUUACUGUGAUUUUCGUGUAUGCGGAGCUCUGUGAUACUCUGACACUGCAUUACUGUGAUUUGUAUGAAUGUGGAGCUCUGUAAAACACGGACACUGCAUUACUGUUAUUUGUAUGGAUGGAGAGCUAUGUGAUAUACUAUGUGUAGCGGAGCUGUAAUAAUAAAUCCCAAUAUCUCCACGGGUAAAAUAUAAAACAUGAAUCAAAGCGUUGUUCAGCAGGUAAAUCCUAAUUCCCUCAGUAACCGGACGAUACACCGUUCUGGGCGUCAACAUUUUAAUGGGAGCCACACACGGCCUUUUAUGUGUGUCCUCAUGCAAGGGUUUUACUCUAAUACAUUCCAGGAGCAUUCCCCACUAGACAAAGUACUGGGGACUGUGACAAAGUACACAACAUAAUUACAUUACCUCUCAGGUCCAGGACAUGUACAUUAAUAAACACCCCUUUAACAAUAAGGUACCCCCUCAAGUACUAUAUCCCUGGGUAGCCUGCAUCUGAGCGCCCAGCAUAUCCCCUAAAGCACUCAGAUCCCACUAACGCAGCUGAAACGCCACCAGGGUAUCGUUUAGACCGACCGCACACAAGGCGCCUGCCCAAAAGAGUAUCAUGAAUUCAGACAGGGCGGUCGGUCUCUUUUGGGAGUACGAAACACAAUAAAAUAACGAAUAUAACAGUUUGUAUAUCAGUUAGUUGAGUGCCCCUCGUUCGGGAUCCCACCGAAUGCCAUUCUUCUCAGGUGAAUAGAACCGACCACACGUAGAGGUGGAAGUCCCGGCGGUGUUCAUGCCGUCAAGUGUCUGAUUAUAGUUCCAUGCACUCGACGACCAAACCCCGCUCUACUUGUUCGCGGCUAAAGAUGCCUGUCGCCACGUGUUCGGUCAUAUGAACGGCCUCCCAGCCAAUCGCUUAGAACGUUGUGAUUUCUAAGUGUGAAGGAGGUUAACAGGGUCAGUUGGCAGCACACGAUUCCCCUGGGUGGUCCAACUGUUCACGAGUUGGUUAGGUAUAAGAACACUGCUUUUAUAACCUGUUUGGUGAACUCCAGAAAAGUCCAUGAUUUAAAAUCCAAAUAGGUGGCUGGUUCCACCACAAAGCUCCCAACGGAUCGGCUUGGGGAUGUCCGGGGGAGUGCUCACAGAUUUCUCUAGUUCAGUUUGUCUGGAUAACCCUAAACUCCAGUGAAGCAGCCAAGCGUUGUCUCCUGCCACCCUAACUGGUUGUGAUCUGUGAGCAAUGAAGAGGGUUGUCCAUACAGGUAAAGUUGUAAUUUCUUAAGGGCCUACACCACAGGCAUUCUUUUUCAAUGGCGGCGUAGCUUACCUCUCGAGGUAAUCGUUUUCUGCUUAAGUAAACCACAGGGUGUUCCCCGCCAUCGGCUCCGACUUGGCUCAGUACUACCCCCAAUCCAAACAUAGAAGCGUAUGUGUGAACAAGAAAACGUUUAGUUGGAUCAGGAGCUGCAAGUGCUGGUACUUUAAUUGGAGCUGUUUUCAGUUGUUGGAAUGCCUGCUCACACUCUGGGGCCCAGACUACCUGCCUAGGGAGGUUCUUGUGGGUUAGGUCAGUGAGAGGUUUGGCCAGGGCGCUGUAGUUGGGUACAAAUUUUCGGUAAUACCCUGCUGUUCCCAAGAAAGCUACGAUCUUGGUUUUAGUACAGGGGUUAGGCAAGUUUGCCACAGCCUCCACUUUGGCUGGUUUGGGUUUCUGCUGACCGCUCCCUACUCUGUGGCCAAGUUAUUGUACCUCAGCCAUCCCUAUAUGACACUUGCUAGCUUUAAGUGUCAAGCCUGCUUCUCUAAUACGGUCUAACACAGGUGUUUUGACCAUGUGUUGCUGUAGAUAGCAAUAUCGUCCAGGUAUGCGCAAGCAUAAUCCUGGAACCCAUCCAAUAGCUGAUCUACCAUCCGCUGAAAAGUUGCCGGGGCAUUUUUCAUCCCGAAUGGCAUGACCCGAAACUGGUACAGGCCAAACAGGGUGACAAACGCCGACUUCGGUAUGGCAUCCUCGGCUAGUGGAAUUUGCCAGUACCCCUUACAAAGAUCUGUUGUACUGAGCUACUUGUGACGGUAGUAAAGGGUAUCACCGUCAAGCAUUCCCUUCUUCCCAUAAAAGAAAUCACCCAAUAUUUCCACAAGUAGAAAUAUCCCUGGAAUCGCCGAAUAAUCCACACAUGAGCCAAAGCUUAAUGCUGGAACAAGACUGAUUUACUGGAACACAGGACUCACAAUUUAUGCAACACAAAACUCCUCCUCUGGGCCAGGCUAGAUAAUUGAGUUUUAGCAAUAUAAACAGCUCAAUUAUCUGCUGGCCAGAAAUAUUACAGUUUUUAACAAUUUCAGAAAAGUACUUUCUAUGCAACAUACAAACAUAAUUUCAACAUCCCUGGGUAGCUGAGGAUACUGGUAGUCAUAUAUCAAAAUCUCACGAAUCUCUUUCGUUCGGUAGUUUCCGUGUGGAAGUUUGACCGGCUCGCCAUGUGGAGGUAUCCGAUCUAGAAUCAGUAGCAAGGGCCGGUCUCCGUUCGCAUCUAACUACACGAAAACCACUGUUCGUAUGGUGCAGCUGGUUACAUGUGAAAGUUCUCCUCAUUCCGUAGAUUCUAUCUACCGAACACCAGUUUGAUUCGAGGAGGGGAAUGUAUUCAUCCAGGACUUCCAUGGGGACCGGGCGUUCGCAUGUUUGCCGUGCCGAAAUUAGUUCCAGGCAAUUCAUGUGUAAGCCCCGCUGACUGCAUUCGUGAGUUUUAAGAUGGCCGCCAUCCUUUGUUCUCGCCACGUGUUCGUAUGUCGAAUGGCGGCCACCUAGUAACAAUUAAGUCGCGGUUUUCUCUGCGUUCUAAUGCUGAUUGCUACCCAGGGUGUGUGGUCUCCAUUCGGUAAACGAAUACAUUAAUUCAAUACAUAGUGAAACGAACUGAUACAGGCAUUUAAACAGCAGGGAGAAGGUUUAACUGAAGGCACACAGGUAAAUACAUGAAAAUCCUUCACAGUACUGGCCUCUGACCAUCUUAUCUAGGAGCUCGUCUAUCCUGGGCAUAGGAUAGGCGUCGGACACGGUUUUGUCGUUCAGCCUCCGGUAGUCUACACAGAAGCGGGUCGCUUCGGCACUAGCACUACCGGAGAUGCCCAGGGACUAUCUAACGGCUCAAUAACCCCUAACUGAAGCAUUUCCUGAAUCUCCUUGUGCAUAUUCUCUUUCACGGAUUCAGGGAUGCGGUAAUGAGUGUACCCAGGUAGGUUGGAGAAUGUGGCCCCCUUUGCCGUGAUUAAUUCCUGUACUUGGGUACGCUCCUGAGAGCUCAACCGCUCCCCUAACUGUACCUCACCAAGGGCACCUGUCUGAUCUCCUUCCCAUAGGAGGUCUGGUAGGGGAAGAUUCUCAAAAUCCUUAGAGGCUGGGGUACAGAUAGCCACCACGUCCUCCGUAUGCUCAUGGUAGGGCUUGAGGAUGUUCACAUGGAGCAUGUGUCUCCCCCCUACACCAGAAAAAGGGCCAAUCACAUAUGUUGUGUCACAUCUUUGUUCCACCACCAUAGGCCCUGCCAGGCGGCCUGCAGCUUAUCAUUGCGGACGGGUUUUAAAAUCAACACCUUCUGUCCCACUUUUAAGCUGCGGCCCCUGGCUCCCCUAUUGUACCAGGUGCGCUGUAGUUGCUGGGCCGCCUGGAGGUUCGUUCGCACAGACUAGGUUAGCUCCUCCAGGUGGUCCCUAAACACCAACACAUAAGGGACGAUAGGGAUACCAUCUGUGCUAGCAUCUCCCUCUCAGUGCUCCCUAAUUAAAUCUAGGGGUCUCCUCAGCUGCCUCCCGAAAAGUAGUUCACAAGGGGAGUAUGUAAAUAGGAGUGCGGUAGGAAUCUCUCCCAGUCCUUGAUAGUGUCUACGAACGUACAUAGCAUUUGCUUUAGCGUUCCAUUAAAUCGUUCACAGAGUCCAUUAGACUGCGGGUGGUAUGGGAAGUUUACUAUGGGCUUAAUGCCACAGCUGGUGGGUGACCUCUGCGGUAAAUUGGGUACCCCGGUCCGAAAUAAUCUUUUUGGGGAAUCCCCAUGCGACAUAAAAUCCGCAUCAGGGCAUCCACGACCGUCUUAGCAUGGACAUUGGUCAACGCCACCGCCUCUGGGUAUCUAGUGGCAUAGUGCACCACGGUCAAGAUGUAUUUCUUGCCGGAAGGACUGCGUCUAGCUUAGGGCCCGACAAGGUCUACGGCCACGUUGCUAAAGGGUUCUUCAAUAAUCGGAAGAGUGUGAAGUUUCGCCCUGUGGCGGUCUCCCCUCUUACCUACCCUCUGACACGUGUCGCAGAUCUGCCAACAUUGGCAAAUAUCUUCCGAAAUCCCUGGCCAGGAAAAGUUUUGUGGAAUAUAGCGGAAUAUUAUGCGCUAUCCGGAGUAACUCCUGCCUAUACUUCUGGGGGACUACUAACUGUUUCAUGGGGGUCGGUACGGACCCAGCCACUACCCUCUCUGAGUUCCUAUAGAGUAAUCCCUUAUCCCAGGAGUAUCUCUCCCCCUCAAAUCCUGGCUGACUGGAGGUGACACGAUCUUUAUAUAACUUUAAUGUGGUGUUUAAGGCUAUCUCCCUUUCAAACUCAGCUGGGGCAUCCCAGGAAAGAUUCUCUAUGGGUGAGUGGUUGUCAGCCUCAGAGUGUGAUUGUUGGCCCGUGGUGCGAGCCUGCUGUCGGGUGGUCACAGGGUAAGUCUCCUGGGGCAAAGGUUGAGGCACAAAAGCAGAAGUUAGUUUGCCCAAGUUGUUUCCGAAGAGCACGUCUGCGGGUAGCUCCUGCAUUAAAUCCACUUCAACAACUCCCGACCCCACACCCCAAUUCAAAUGGACCUUGGCAGUAGGCAAGCGAAGCCCCUGCCACCCAUACUGCCACAGAUCCUCCUGUACGGGCUGUGUCUGGAACCAGGUGGUGCUUAUUAGGGUUAAAGUGGCACUUGUGUCUGAGACACUGAAUAUUAUAUUUUUACCCUCCAGACAUACCGUUUGUCAGUGGUGCUGCCGGUUGUCAGAUGCAGCCUGGAUUGGGUCGGCCUCAUGCAAGACACCCAGUUAUUCCUCAGUGUAGUCAGGAGCUCAGUCUCCGUCUGAUAGUAAUGGGCCGCUGCUCUGUUUUACGGGUGGUUGGCCGGGACGAAUCCAUGUGUUGCGGUUCUGUCUCUGGGGGCAUACCCUCUGUACGUGUCCCAAUUGAUGGCAUCUAAUAUUGGGAUGAGGUUGAAACCAGGAUUCUGUGGGGUUAAACAUAUUCCCAUGACGCUGUGGUGCUGGUGUAGGUACAGCCGUUCUGGAAAGUAAGUGGGGUGCUGUCGUCUGGCGUCGUGGUUUUGUCUGCCAGGCGGCAUCUGUGAAGGUAAGGGGGUUACUGUCCCUUACCCACUCCUGUACUUCUGGUACUAGCCCAUCGAAGAACUGCUCCAGGUGUAUCAGCUAAAGUAGUUCCUCCAUGGUCUUGGCUUGGUUAACCUGCACCCAUCCUAUAGCGGCUCUUUGAAGUCGGUAAGGCCACUCUGCGUUCGAGUCUUUCUCCUGCUUCCUUAGUUACUGGAAUCGGUGUUGGUAUGCCUUGGGUGUGAUGGCAUACCGCGCUAAUAUGGCUUGUUUCACCCAGUUGUAAUUCUUGCUGUCCUCGUCGGGUACUACUCUGUAUGCCUUAGCUGCACAUCCAUUUGCCUGCAUGAGGGCGGAUAUUGCUGGUGAUCCCUCUCUGGACUGCCGAUCUGCUAAUUGUAGCUGGGUUGUCUGCUGUUGUCUGGCCAAUAUGUAGUCCUGUACAUCUGCCAUUACUCUUGUCAUGGUUUCUUGUGAUGGUGUUCCGUUGUAGAAUGCCAGCCUUGUCCUCAAUUCCCUUUCAAACUCUGUUUAAGCCAUAGCUGGUGGAGGUGCAGCGCUUUUGGCUUGGUCUCUCUCCAUCAAUUCAGCGACAAGGACAGCUUUUUGCUUUUUUGCUGGCUAUCUUACCCCUUGUUUCUAAUAGUUAUUUUAAUGUUGUUCGUUUCAGUGCUGCAUAGUUCGUCUCCAUUCAUUCGUUCAUUCGUAUAACCGAACUGCAUACAAACCGCUGCUUGUGUCACUUUCCAAACACAUACAAAUGCUGCUUCCUUUCAUUGCAAGGCUUGUGUAUAAUCCAAACACAUACAAAUGCUGCUUCCUUUCAUUGCAAGGCUUGUAUCCUGUCGCUUGCCACCAAUUGUAGCGGAGCUGUAAUAAUAAUAACCAAUAUCUCCAUGGGUAAAAUAUAAAACAUGAAGCAAAGCGUUGUUCAGCAGAUAAAUCCCAAUUCCCCCAGUAACCGGGCGAUACACUCAACUAUUUAAUGGGAGCGACACACUGCCUUAUAUGUGUGUCCCCAUGCAAGGGGUUUACUGUAACAUAUUCCAGGGGCAUUCCCCAGUGGACCUGCGAGGGGACUGUGUCAAAAUACACAAGAUAAUUACAUUACCUCUCAGGUCCAGGACAUGUACAUUAAUAAACAUCCAAAACACCUCUUUAACAAUAAGGUACCCCCUCAAGUACUAUGUCCCCGGGUAUCCUGGAUCUGAGCGCCCCUCAUAUCCUGAAAGCAUUCAGAUCCCGCAAUCGCAGUCGAAACACCAUCGGGGUAUAGUUUCGACCAACUGCACACGAGGCGCCUGCCCAAAAGAGUUCCCAUGAAUUCAGGUGGGGCGGUCGGUCUCUUUUGGGAGUACGAAACACAAUAAAAUAACGAAUAUAACAGUUUGAAUAUCAGUUAGUUGAGUGCCCCUCGUUCGGGAGUUUGCUCCCACCAAAUGCCGUUCUUCUCAGGUUAAUAGAACCAACCACACUUAGAGGUGGAGGUCCCAGUGGUGUUCACGCCGUCUAGUGUCCGAUUAUAGUUCCAUGCACUCGAUGAUUAAACACUGCUGUACUUGUUCGCGGCUAAAGAUGGCCGGCGCCACGUGUUCGGUCAUACGAACGACGGCCACCCGACCGACCACUUAGAACGUUGUGCUUUCGAAGUGUGAAGGAGGUUAACAGGGUCAGUUGGCAGCACACGACUCCCCUGGGUGGUCUAACUGUUAAGGAGUUUGUUCAGACUACGAACACCACGUUUAUAACCCGUUCGGUGAACCCCAAUUGCCGAACCAGAAAGGUCCAUAAUUCAAAAGAAAGGCACUUAAUCCAAAUAGGUGGCUGGUUCCGCCACACUAUGGCACUGUGCAUUACUGUGAAUUUCAUGGAUGUGGAGCUCUGUGAUACACAGACACUGCGUAUUACUAUGAUUUUCGUGACACAUGACGCUGUGCAUUUCUGUGUUUUUCAUAGUUGUUGAGCUCUGUGAUACACUAUGACACUGCCCAUUACUGUGAAUUUUAGGAUUGUAGGGCUCUGUGCUACAUUACCAAACAUUACAUAUAAAUACUAUAUUUAUGCUUUUCUUUUUAUUUGUUUUGUUUUAGUUUUCCUCUAUAGUGGAUAUAGUAUUAUGAGUCCAUACAAAUGCAAAGCUUGCAUGCACGAUUUUUAUUCUAAACAUUAUCUUCCCCCUCUGCUAUUCUGUCCUUGCUAAAGUGCUGGUGUUUUAUGCGACCUUUGAUUUUUAUGAAAGGAACACUAUAGGGUCAGGAACACAAACGUAUUCCUUUCCCUACGGUGUUAAACCCACUAGUUUGGUGGCUUGGCCCCUUCAAAGGAAUGGAAACUCACCUUAUUUCCAGCGCCGCAUCAUCAGAAUUGCAGAUUUUAGCUAAUCCACUGCUUUCCCAUAGAAUUGGAUUGGAUAAAAUCGGCAUGAUGUUUGGCCAAUCUGCACUUCUUCAUAGAGAUGCAUUGAAUUAAUGCAUCUCUAUGAGGAAAAGUCAGCAUCCCCAAGCAGAGCGUGGAGAUGCUGAACGGCAGUGCUGCCUACUGUGCAGCACUGAGCCAAGAAGCCCCUCCAGUGGCCAUCUGAGGAGUGGCCACUUGGAGGUGUCCUGGGGGCAAUGUAAACACUAUCUUUUCCCUGAAAAGGCGGUGUUUGCAUGAAAAUGCCUGAAGGCAAUGAUUAUACUCACCAGAACAACUACAUUAAGCUGUAGUUGUUCUGGUGACUAUAGUGUCUCUUGAAUUUAUUUUGUUUUUAAAUAAUGCACUUACCUAAUGAUAUGAUUUUAUCUUUUGACAGACAAAAUGCCAAAUUGUAUGAUCAAAGGCUGCAGAAAUAGCCGGUCAAGAAAGGGAGAUUUCUCGCUGCAUACAUUUCCAAAAUCACCACGAAGAGUAAGGGAAUGGCUGGUAGCAACCGGUGAUCAUUUUGAUGAUAUAGAUGCAGUCAUCAAUCACAUAAUGAAACGAAUACAUCAUACCACGAUGAGAAUUUGUUCUGAACAUUUUGCACCAGAUAUGUUUUCUUCAACACAGAAAAGAAAGGUCUUGAAACCAAACGCAGUUCCCACCAUCUUUCCACGGCCAAGUGUUUUGUCCUUCUUUCGUGGCAUUGGGACAACUUCAACUUCAAACCUUACGUCCUCAGAAUACGAAGAAACGGACACUUACAUGGACGAUCCUGAUAGUCCUGUUGUGGUAAUGGAUCAUGAUUAUGUCCCAAAUUAUUCAUAUUCCUUACCUACUGAAGGAACCUUUUGUAGCACUGGGACAUGUACUGAAAGAAUUGAAAAACGUGAGAAAUCUGUUUCUACGGUCAAUUUAUAUGGACGUAGAAACGCAUCUACACAAACCUUCAUUUCAACAAAAAAUGUAUCCACCUACACUCUUGAUUUGUGUAAAGUAAAGGAUGCGUAUACUUGGACUGGUGUGCCAGACGAAUCCAUGAAAAUGUUUGAAACGGAAGGUGUCACAUGUGGAUUAUCCAAAUCGGCAAAGUCUAAAACGAAGUCAAAAGCAAUGAAAAAUGUUUCAUCUUCCUGUGUGGAAGAGAUGGAACCUAUCCCAACAAAAACCAUGACAACCUCUAAAACAGACGCUGAAUCUCUUUUUACUCCUACUUCACAGACUCCUACUUCAAUGAUCCCGACUGUCCCAAGAGAACCUGAAUUAGAAUCACCUAUGAGGGAUAUAUCUUUUAUGGAUCCUGAUGACAGUCCUGAGAACGAAUCCAUCGAUAUUGGUGAACUAUCUUUUCGGACUGAUCCAUCACCCGAAGAUUUUGUUGCGGAAAAUAAAUUUAUUGUUUUCGAGUCGUGUCUUGACGAAUUAUUAAGACGUUUUGAAACAUGCAAUUAUGGCACGUGUCAAGCGCCUAUAACUGAAAGACAAAAGAACAUAUGUGGAACUUCACUGACUGUGUACACAAUAUGUGAAGACAAUCAUCGCUGCGUGGCCUGGAAGAGUCAGCCAGUGAUUGGAAAAAGGGCGUGUGGAAAUAUUUUAGCAAGUGCCUCCAUUUUAUUCAGCGGUUCGCAUUACUCCAAAGUUUUUGAAUUAUUCCAAUUUUAUGGAAUACCAUUCAUAUCGGAGUCAUUGCAUUGCCUUUAUCAAAAAAAGUUUUUGUUUCCCAUUGUGGACAUGCAUUAUAGAAAUGAAAGACAACUUGUAAUUGACAGUCUGAUGGAACGGGCAUUGUGCCUAUCAGGAGAUGGACAAUGUGAUAGCCAAGGUUUUAGUGGAAAGUAUUGCACUUACUCUAUCGUGGAAGAAAGCACUAAGAAAAUAAUAGAAUGCAACACAAUCCAAGUGGGUGAGACAGCGUCUUCUCUUGCUAUGAAGACUAAAGCCUUCAGGAGGUGCAUGGACAAAGUGAUUGCAGAAGGUUUGAGGAUUGCAGUACUAGCCACUGAUAAAAAUCUGAGCAUCUGCAGAAUCAUGCGAGAAAAUUAUAAGGACAUAGAUCAUCAGUUUGAUGUUUGGCAUUACUGCAAGAGUUUACGGAGCAAACUUAGCACUUUAUCCAAACAGAGAAUGUGCAGAGAACUUGCACCUUGGAAAAAUUCUAUCAUUAGUCAUAUGUGGGCAACCUGUUCUUCAUGCAAAGGAAAUCCUCAACUGCUUCGCGAGCGGUGGAAUUCACUACUGCACCAUGUUACUAAUGUGCAUGAAUGGGAGUCUGGAACCCUGAUAAAUAAGUGCGAUCAUGGUGAAAUAGUACAAACAGACGGCAGACAAUAUUGCUGGCUUGAAAAAAAAAGUAUGGCAUUUGCAAAACUCGACUCCUUUGUUAACGAUGAUAGAUUACAGAAAGACUUCCAACACUUAUCCCAGUUUUGCCACAACGGCAACAUAGAAGUGUUUCACAGUCUUGUGCUGAAAUACAGGCCCAAUCAAGUGCAUUUUUCGGUGGAUGGGAUCGUUGCUAGAACACAAUUGGCAGUUUUGACGCACAAUGCAAAUGUGGAUAGGGAACACGCUGUAGCAAGGAGACAACACGUGGAACAGAGAUACAGACCAUACUUUGCAAAGAGCAGCAAAAACUGGCAAGGUAAAAAAAAAUAUCAGCCAACUUCAAUUAGCCACAUUUUUCCCAUGUUGGCGGACGUUAUACGACUUGCCUUGGAAGACAUAGAAGUAAGUUGGCAGUCACAAAGAGGUCUUUUUUUAGCACCAAACUUUGCCUCAAAACCACAACCUUACACUAAAGAAUUGGGCAAGAAACUUGGAUGUAGAUCUUGAGAAAAUGCCACAACAAGAGCUUAAAAAUUGAUAGGGAUUUAUUUUAUUUUUGUUUUUUGAUAUGUUACAAUUUUGUAACUUGACAGAUUUGCUAAACUCUCUAUUAUUAAUGUAGGGUUCUCUAAAAGUGUAUAGUAGAAUUGUCCAAAUAUGACUCACCAGAGAUUAACCUCCAUUCAAGAAAUUCUUUGAAUUCAAUAGAAAGAUAAUUAAAAGGUUGUAGGUCAAAACUAUCUUGGGGUAACAGAUUGCUAAACUGUUAUUUUUUUAUAUCUUUUGAUAACCCAAUAGAAUAUUGAUAUGUAUUAGAUUAUGUUUUACUAACUUCAAUACAUUUACACGUACAUACACAAAUGUUUGUGUAUAUUUUUUUUUCUUUUUGUAUAUGCACAUAUACUGAAUUUAGGGAAAAAAACAUUGCUGUAAUAUCUGUAAUUACAUUGAUUUUAGUUGCCUCAAUUAUGUUGAAAACAUUUCUCAAAAUAAAAUAUUUUAAAGCAAAACGAAACAUUGUCAGUCUUUUCUUAUAAGAAAAAUCUGAACCAGUAACUAUAACUUUUAAAUUACAAUUCUAUGUGAAUAGUAAUUUAAACUAUUCUAUAAAGUCAGAGUUACACUAUUAUCAUGGUGUUUAAAGACUAGAAGUGCAAAAAUUAUUUUUUAGCCAGGGGUUCCCAAUUAAUUUUUCCUGUUGAACCCUUUGACAUAGUGUAUCAACAUCGUGGAGCUUUUUUUUUUGUAUGUGUCAAGGUCUGUGCUUGUGUGUGCCAGUGUGUGUAUAUCUGUGUGUGUAUGUAUGUAUCUCAGUGUGUGUGUAUGUAUGUAUCUAUCUGUGAGUCAAGGUGUGUGUAUCUAUAUUUGUAUGUGCCAGUGUGAAUUAAUCUGACACACAUACACACACACUGGCAGAUAGUGGUACACAGAUACACACCUUGACACACAGUGUGUAUCUGUUUGUCAAGGUUUGUGCAUCUAUGUUUCAAAGUGUGUGUAUCUGUGUUUGUAUGUGCCGAUGUGUGUCAAGGUGUGUAUAUCUGUGUUUGUAUGCGCCAAUGUGUAUCUGUGUGUGUGUAUCUUGACACACAGAUGCACACACUGACACACAUCUUGACUCACAAUUACACACACACUCAGAUACACACAGUGACAUAUACACACACUUGCACCCACAGAUACACACUGGUACAUACACAUACUGACACACUCAGACAUACACACAUAGGCACAUACAAACACACUGAUACACUCUGGCACAUACACACACACUUAGAUACACACAGUGACACAUACACAAACCUUGACACACAGAUACACUGACACACAUACUCUUUGACAGACACACAUACACUCUCACUGACAAGCACACAUUCAGUCUCACUGACAAACACACAUAUACUCUUUGACAGACACACAAACACAUACAAACUCCCUAACAGACACACAUACAAUUUUUAGGAGUGCUGGCAUGGAGUCCCUGGGGUCCAGUGGGGCGGCUGGCAUGGGUCCAGUGGGGCGGCAGACAUGGGGUCCAGUGGGGCUGCUGGGCAGUUGGCAUGGAGUCCCUGGGGUCCAGUGGGGCUGCUGGGCGGUUGGCAUGGAGUCCCUGGGGUCCAGUGGGGCUGCUGGGCGGUUGGCAUGGGGUCCAGUGGGGCUGCUGGGCGGUUGGCAUGGAGUCCCUGGGGUCCAGUGGGGCUGCUAGGCGGCUGGCAUGGAGUCCCUGGGGUCCAGUAGGACUGCUGAGCGGCUGGCGUGCGGGCGACGAGGGAGCAGUGAUCUCCCUGCUCAGCUCCCUUGCGCGCCUCUUAGUGAUCGUCAUUUUCUGGCUCCAGCAUCACUGAUGUGCGCGCAAGCUAGCUUAGCAGGGAGAUCACUGCUCCCUCACCGCCCAUGGCCAUUUUAUUUUUACAAAUUUUUGGUGGAACCCUAGGUUUCCUGCGGAACACCAAUUGGGAAACGCUGUUUUAAGCGAUGCAUCAGAAUAAAAUUGCUGGGAAUCGUCGAAUGAAUUAAUUCUGAAACAAAUCAGAAUCAUUUGAACCGAAUAAGAAUCAUUUUUAAAAGGAUUUUAAUUUGAAUGAUUCUGAUUUGGUUCUUUAGCGAAGGAAUCAAAUUUUCAGAAUCAAAUCUUUCGAUUGCCAGGAAUUGUAUUCUGACAAAUCACUUAAAACAAAUUGUGCAUGUCUAUUAGAGAGCCUAUUUUAAAUGUAGUGCUAAUAAUUUUUCAAAACAAAUUAACAAAAAAAAAACAUUAAAAAAGCAAGUGCUCAUUUUCAAAGAAAAUCCAUCGCAUUUGGGUCUGUAGAUGUUGUAUUAAAACCCUUGUAAAUUAUGUCUGCAGCAGGAAACUGCUCACUUAUUCUUUUAACAGAAUCCGACCUCUUCAUCUAGAGUCCAAAUAUCCAUAAACCUACAUAGUGAAAUAUAUAUUGAACAUGAAUUGGCAUCACAUAAACCGUUAUAGGUUUUAUAAUUAUAUUUAUUUUAAUUUUGAUAUUUUUUUACUAUAAAUUUUUACCAAGAAAUAAAUAAUAUUAAAUGGUUACCUAAGCACCGUGACCAUUUCUGUAUUUUGAAGUUUCAAGGAGAGAUCUUCAGCACACAACGUAGUAAUAAACACAGAGUGGCAGGUUUCAACACUAGACAUGUUUUACUCAAGUCUAGUAAACUACCAUUUAUCACUACACUGGGUGCUAAGGUUGUCUUGUUGAAAUUAUACUUUGGUCGGUGAAACAAGGACCCCAUCUGCGGCACAGACACUGAGAAUAUCAGAGUGAAAUAGUGUCCUCCGCCAUCUUGUUUGUAUGUAUUUUUAAGCUGUCGUGGUGAAAGGGGCUUUUAUGUGCAAGAAACGCUGCCCAUACUGAUAUAUCUAGGGUAGCUUCCAAAGGUGUAACUCCACUUCCAGCAGCUUCAUUAGACAGGAUGGAAAUAGCGUUAAGUGCUGUGCAGAGACUUUCAUUCAUAGGAUGACCGUGCUCAGUUGCUGCCCUCGGCCAGUGAAUGAUUGGCAGGAUCAGUCAGCUUUGCUGAAUCUGAUUGAUUUGCAGCAGCCAUAUCAGGAGACUUUGCGCCCGGAGGGACCGAUGUCCUAGCCAAACAUUUCUAAAACAGAUUGCCUCAAUAACGCUGAUCUGCCGCAGGUUGGGGCAUCAGUGGGCUGUAAUGGGUAUGAUGCCUGAAGUAAUCCUUUAACAUAUUCUAAUAGGUGAUGCAUAGAUUACCAUGUGCCCUGUUUCAGCACUAACAAAUUAUUAACAUUUUAUUUUUUUUAAAAAAACUAUUCAAUCCAAUUGUAAGAGUGUACAGCAGAUUAUAAUCAUACUGUAUAAAAUAUAAACUUUUUGACAAUAUUGACAUGAUAUUUUUAUGAUGCUUGAAAUCGUUGAAGAGAGAACAGCUAGUUAAAAGGCCAACUCUUUGUCAUUUACUGAACUGCCCUCUGAGAGCCCCACAGGGAAGCGAUAUCAGCGAGAGCAAUCACUGUGAUCUGCACAUUGAAAUAUCUGUCACGUGUUCCCAAGGAGUUUAACGAGCGCUGGACCACCAAGAAUUUUAGCACCUGUACCUGCAGAAAGGAUCAUUUAGAGGAGGCAAAACAAAACACAGAGCACAGCCAGCACACAAAUUACCCACGUUACAUCUACACACUUAUUACACAUUUCAGCAAUUGUCAUUGCUAACAGUUUUCACAGAGAGGAUUGUCUUUAUGCCAAAACCACUUCAUGAAAAAUGCCCUGUGUCACGAUGGAAUGUUCAUCAAUUAAAAGUUGUACACAUUAUUUCAAAUGACAAAUUACUUUUCCUGCUCAUGACAUUCAGACUGGAAUCAUUCUCUUCUCAAAGAACUGAGAAUGUAGCAAUAAAGGCCUCUGUUCAAAGUUGUUCAGUCACCCCAAGCUUACCUUUUCUAUUGUCUUAUCUUCCUCUUUCAGAAUCUGUUUCUCUUUUCUCUUUAAAAAAAUAACAUACAGUUUGGACUACUUUGUCUUAUGUAUUCUUCCUACAUUGAUAAUCUUGGUGAGGGGUGGAGCUUAUUGCAAAUCUGUCACUUCUCAGUACUUCACAACGAUAUAUUCUUUAUUGAAUACUGAUCUAGGCUGUGUUGAAAUUUCAACGCAAUCCAAAGAUACCAAUAGAAAAAUUAGGGGCUUUGUAUUUUUCUGGUAAAGCCUGAGGUGGACAACAUUUGCCCAAUCCCAGCAGCCGUCACAAAUGACGGCAGUGGGAUUCAGGUUUUGUCUGUGGAGGGUCUCUGGAAGUGUGCUGCAUAUGCAAAGUGAUUUAACUCCCAAAUGGCAGAGAAUUGAUAAACAACGUGAUCUAUACACAAAGCAGGUCAUUAGUUAAGUUAAAGCCCCUUUAACCGCAUGUCAAGGUAGUUUUCUGAAAAGUAAUGAUUUGUUAGUAGUGAAAUUUAUAUUUUAACCUCUUAAUGACAAAGCUUCAUUUUUUUUCUCAAUAGGACCGAAGACAAUUUUCCAUUUUUGUUAAGUGUGUGUUCAACCUCAACUUCCAUCUUACCAUUUAUUGCAACAACACUUAUUUUAUAUACCAUUUUUUAAAGGACAAAACAGGCUUUCAUUUGAUGUGGCGUGUGUGUGUGUGUAUAUAUAUAUCUUUGUGUAUAUAUAUAUAUAUAUAUAAAACUUCUCAUUUAUUAUAUAAAAAAACAAAUGUCCACAGUUUUGGUAAUAAUAAUGUGUGCAUAAUUAUUGCAGUUUAAAGGGACACUAGAGUUACCAGAACCAUUCCAAUUUAAUGUAGUGGUUCUGGUGUCUAUAGCCUGACUCUGAAGGCUCAACAAUGUAGACACUGCCUUUUUAGAUAAGUCAGUGUUUACAUUGCUGCCUAGUCACACCUCUAGUGGCAGUCACUCAGACAGCCACUAGAGGUACUUCCUAGUCCAGGUUACACACACACUUAUGUUCAGCAGAGACGCAUUCCCCCAUAGAGAUGCAUUGAUUCAAAUGCUGAUUGGCACAACUCACUGUUUUGCCGUGCAUGCGCAAUAGCCUCUCCUAUGGCUCAUUGAAUUCAAUGAGAUCAUCAUGAUUGAUGAUCUCAGCCAUGGAGACAAGACCUGCACGACGUGGGAAGAAAAGGGAAGUUCAAUACCUUUUCAGAGCAAUCCGAAAGGGGCUGGUGAACUAAACCAUUAGUUUAACACGUUUGUAUUCCUGACAGUAUAGUGUUCCUUUAAUAAAAGUAAUGCAAAAUAACUUAAUGUAUUUGUCUUGAUUUACACAUUAUGUCUAGGCUUUCAGUUUAUUUUUGGUAGUUACAGGUCACAAAAUACAAGGUGUAAAAUCAAAUUUCAAUGUCAAGCAAUUUGACAAUUCGGUAUGUUUGUCUUGUAAGCUUAAUAACCAUCACAGAAAACACAAUUUAAACACAACUAAUAUAUAUAUUUAUAUAAAGUAGAUAUCACAGGGUAUAUACCCAAGGGUACUUCGCUACUUUUUUCAUAGCCAUUUAACUUCCAAUCUCUGCAAAAUACUGUCAUAAAAUGUUGUUUGGUUUUUUUUUUCUGAUUUUAAAAGUAUACAUAUAUAACAAGGUAUUUUGCACACCUCAUGGGUGCUAUUACUGUACAAACCUCGAGAUACGUCUUCUGUACCCCCAUUGUAUCCCUUUGUCGCUAUCCUGUGAAGCUACAGCUUAAUCUAAGAGACCUGACCAUUUACGUUUUUAUAGUUAAAAUUUGAAAGACGGAUUUGAUGGGCCUAUGUCUCAUUUUGGAGCAAUGCAACUGGUUGACUGUACAAAUUACCCUGCAAAGGUCUACCAUUUAGUAGAACUCAAGAGUAUCUCAUGGUGUAUAACUAUAUUGUGCCUUAGAAAAAUGUUGCAAUUUUUCACAAGUUUACAACUACAACUGUAUCCUAUACGUAUGCCUUUUCAAAGUAACAAUCUUUGACCCAAUCUAAAUCCUUAAACGCUAAAGCAAACCCUAAUUCUAAACCAAAUCCUAAUCCCAAAGCUAACGGUAAAUCUAAUAAUAAACCUCAUCUUAAUCCAUAUCCUAAUUCUAUGCCUUACCCUAAUUAUAACCGUAAUCCUAUUCACAAUCCUAACCCAAUAAAUAUUGUUAGAAACCAGCAGAGGGAUUCCCUUGCUGGCUCUAAUCCUAACCUGAAGUUUAACCUGAACCUUAUCCCAAUCCCACAAUUAUUUCUAAAACCAAUCUUAAAAAUAAACCUAAUCCUAAACUUGACACUUAUUCUAAUCCUAAUGUUAAUCCAUAAUCUAUAUUAAAUCCCUGCUCAAAUCAGGAAAUCUAGGUGUCAAUAGAUGGCUUUCCUGGCUUGAGCACGGAUUUAACCAUGCUCACAUCCCAAUCUAAUUAUUGGUUUUUAAAUGGCUAUAGGAGGAGCUGCAUGCCAUGCUGACUUCUAGUACAGCAGGCAGUUUACCAAAAAGUCUGGGGCCACUAAAAAUGCCCCCAACUGAUAGAGGAGAGCCCUAGGUAUCUAUUGAUACCUGGUACUUAUUGGUUUGAGCAGGGAUAUAACACCGCUCGCACCCCACCCGCACGACGUAUCAUUAUGACCUAAAUGCAUUAAAGCCCAGUAUAGUUAGGACUAAAUGACACGAGUUAAAAGUGCUAAUCAUUUUUAUUUUCCAAAUGAUGCUUUAAAGGGACACUAUAGACACCCAUACCACUUUAUCUCAUUGAUGUGGUCUGGGUGCAAUGUCCCUGUCCUCUUAACCCUGCAAUGUAAAACAUUUUUGUGAAACACCAAUUUACAUUGCAGGGUUAAGACUGCCUCUAGUGGGUGUUUACCUCAAGCCUUGCAUGAGAACGUCCAGCGUCUUAAAAAUCCCCAUAGGAAAGCAUUCAUAUACUGCUCUCCGGUGGGGAAGCGCCGCACUCGCUGCUCAUUAGAUUCCUGGAUCGCCAUGAAGUGGCAGGAGGAGGAGCCUGAUCCUGCGCCAUGGGACCUCCGUGCUGGAAUCAGGUAAGUAAAAAAAACAACAUUUUUUACAGUUUAUUUGUCGGGAAGCUGCAGGGGCAGAGGGACACUGUAGUGUAAGGUAUAGUGUUUUGUGCUUCUAACACUAUAGUGUUCCUUUAAAUGUAACACUUUUGUGUGUGUGUUGCACAAUUAUUUGCCUUUUUUGAGGUUAAGCAAAGAUUGUCUGAUUAAAUAUUUUGCACCUUACUGGGACAUGUCAUGGUACUCUGGAUCCAGGUUUUUGUCUUUUCUUGGGUGCCAGAGUUAUAAAUACAGUAUAAGGUUCUGGUGCUCAUCAUGGGUUAAUCGGUACAGACUGUCGGUGGGGGUGCCGGGUUGCUCAGUAAGUGUAUGUGUUGUUUAUCAGCCCAACUCGUUAUAUCUGUUCGCAGACCUUUCGGCUUUACUCAGCCGAUCAUAUUCUGACAGUUUCCUUGCUUUGUAUUUUCCAUUGUAAACACAGUGAUAAAUUUACUUUAUCUCCCACCCUCCCCCCUCUGCAGGGACUGUGUCCAGAAAGAGAUCUGAAGGUGGAACAUGGCGGAUUCUCAGAGCAUCCUGUGUACAGCCUUAAACAUGUCCCAAAUAGCAGGUACUGGUUCUGUGUCCUAACAUUUUAUAGUUCGGUCUAAGUCCUUGUUUUAUAUUUCUCGUGACAUCUUUCUGCUAUGACCCAAGCAUGAAAGGGUCACUCCAAACACCGCAACCACUUCAGUGAAUUGACGUGGUCAUUGUGCCUGUAGUCUGUAUGUGCAGCGCUUUGAUUUGAAGCGCUGUAAUCCAUUCAUUGCCAGAGAUGUAACACAACCUCUAGCAGGGUCAUUAGCCAGCCCACAACAAAUGUCAAUAAUUCUGUGCAGUUCUGACUAUAGCACACACAGCAUGCUGAAACCAGGCAGCCAAUGGCAGCGUGCCCCACAUCCACUGACCUCCCUUCCCCUUUUGUGAAGGGAAGUACAUUUCUUAUUUAUUGGCAUUUGAUGGGGGGAGAGGGGACCAGCACAGAAGAGGUUAUUACAACCAAGUUUAUUUGGCUACCAGUAGCACAAUAUCUCUGACAGUAGUGUUAUUUGCUUUCCUACCCCUCGAUGGAAGUCCUCCUGUAAUCCAGUGACCUGUUAUUUUGUUUGUACUGCACCGUUCAUAGGAGGGACAUGUAGGAAGCGCCUGUCUAAUGAUCUGCUUAGAAUUCUCAAUACAGCCCUUCCUGUUAUUUACAUACCAGUUCCCCAUCCAGCUACACUUGGUUAUCGAGUACAUGAAUGUUCUGCUUUCAAUGAUUGCUUCAGAUUCUAGAAAGCUAUUUAGCCUAUAAACAAGUUCUGUAGCAAAUGUAUAACAUAUUGCAUUUUAUUUUGUACCAGGGGCUCUGAUUGACUGUUAAAUCAAACCUGUUUACAUCAUUAAAGGAACACUAUAGUAACCAGAACAACUACAGCUUAUUGAAUUUGUUCUGGUGAGUAGAAUCAUUACCUUCAGGCUUUUUGCUGUAAACACUGUCUUUUCAGAGAAAAUGCAGUGUUUACAUUACAGCCUAGUGAUAACUUCACUGGCCACUCCUCAGAUGGCUGUUAGAGAUCCUUCCUGGGUCAUGGCUGCCUAAAAUGCAUCCAAACAUUCAGUAUCUCCUCCCUCUGCAUGCAGACACUGAACUUUCCUCAUAGAGAUUCAUUGAUUCAAUUCAUCUCUAUGAGGAGAUGCUGAUUGGCCAAGGCUGUGUUUGAAUCAUGCUGGCUCUGCCCCUGAUCUGCCUGUUUGUCAGUCUCAGCCAAUCCUAUGGGGAAGCACUGUGAUUGGAUCAGGCCACCACUUCUAAUGAUGUCAGCAGACUGCUUGUUUUUCUGUGUCUAACAGCAUGCAGAUCUACAGCUUCAGUCUUGAAUACAGUAAGAUUUUGCUAUAUUUAUGGAGGCAUGAGGGGCCCACGAGGGCUAGAUGGAUGGUGUUAAUACUAUAGGGUCAGGAAUACAUGUUUGUUUUCCUGACCCUAUAGUGAUCCUUUAACCCCUUAAGGACCAAACUUCUGGAAUAAAAGGGAAUCAUGACAUGUCAGACAUGUCAUGUGUCCUUAAGGGGUUAAAGGAUCGCUAUAGCGUUAGUAAUGCGCAUUUGUUUUCCUAACAACUCUGUAGUGUUAAAAAGUGGUUAGGUCAGUGGCACCUACCUGCAGGGAGGAAAAAAAAUAAGUUUUAAUAACCUUUCCUUCCUUGUGGUGCCAUCUCCACGGCUGACCCUGCAUCACGAUCGAUGAGUCAAAACAAUGCUUACACAUAGGCAUUGGGAAGCAAGUGUGCAUGCGCGAAAAAAUGGCACACUGCACAUAUCUGGUGGUCUUUCCGAGACCAUGAGAUAGAAAUAGCAGAGUUUUACUUUAUUUCCUUUGAUCCGCCUCUAGUGGCUGCCUGCAGAACAGCAAUGUUGUCUGCUGCAGGGUUAAAACGGGGCACAACACCCAGAUCACUUUAUUAAGAUUAAGUGGCCUGGGUGCGUAUAGUGUCCCGUUAAUUUAAUAGGUUAGAAAUUCCCAAGCACACUGGAUAAUAUAUGAUGAGAUAGGUAAGUUGGAUAAAGCACCAAGCGUGCCGCCUAUUCAAAUCUCAGGUCCUUAUGCCCUAUCCCGGGAGAGUCAACAUACCCUUUCAUCUCUCUAAAGAUGAUCACACCAUUGACGUAAAUUAUAGGAACAUCUAUUAAUCAGAUGAUUUGAUCUAGUCUGAGAAAUGACCCGUAUAUAAGAAUAGAUUGCUAGUAUUGAAGAUUUGAUAUGUUCAACAAUCCACACCUGGAUUUAUUCCAAAGCUACUAGCCUCUUCUUAAUCAAAAUUUUUCUUUACCAACAGCCUGUUGGUUACAAGUGGUCCAUCCACUAGUCCAGUGCAGGUUUGGCAGAUUGGAGCAGAAGAAAAAGGUGAGUAAUUCGAACUUGCAUUGCAGCACUGUGUAUCAAUCAAGGUGUUAAGGGCUUUAACUUCAUGCUUCGCUACAUUUUGUGCUUUUAUCCAACCUCAAUGCCUCUCUACUAGUAUCAAACCCUCUCCUGUGACCCUAUGGCCUUCAGCCAUACUCAUUCUUUUAAGAAGAUUCUGCUACACAUUUUAGGGAUAAGAUUAAAGCGAUGAGAUUAAAGCAAUAAUUAAUUACUUUUUCAGUCACCAAUCAAACUCCCCACCUAUUGUUAAUGCAUUAAAGGACUCUUUAAGCACCAAAACAACUUUAGCUCAUUUCAACCCAUUUUGGUGUAUAGGUCACUGCUCAUUUCUCUGCUGUUUAGGAGUUUAAUUACUUUUGUUUAUACUGCCCUAGUCACACCUCCCUGCAUGUGCCUCCCUGCACACUACCUAAAAAAAAGUGGACUCAUUUUUAAACUUCACAAAACCUGUUUGAUUUAAAGAGGCAGCUGUAUUAAUCCAGUAAUGGCAACAUCUCUCAGUCCGUUAAUGUCUACUAUCUUGGGAAUGCAUUUAUUUUGAGAUUGGUCUGCUGCGUACGUAGGGUUUCACUUGUCCUUUUCCUUUUUAGUCUUUACCUAUCUUCCCUCUGUCCAUACAGUUUGUUUAGGCCAGUCACAUAUAACCUGCAGCGCUCCAACUGCUCCGUGAUGUUCAUAUAUCAACCGUUUCCUUGUUGAUUCACUCUACAGUAUUUUAAGUAUAGUUUUUGUUUUCCUACAGAUGUUAUUAAACCUCAAAGUACAAUUCGGUCAGAAGCUGGGAAGAAAACCUGGACGAAAAUAGCCACCACCACCUCUUCAGUUCUUUAUGGUUCUCAGGCCAACAAUGUCCACCUUACAGAGAUUGAAUCUACCAAACUAAUCUACUCUUUAGGUAGUUUGGAUAUUAAUAUGCAAGGAGAGCCUAUCAAAGCAAACUUUAACCAACUAGGGGAUUAUAUAAACUGUAGAUUUACUCUGAGGCAAGCGAUGAUGAUAUAUGCCAACAGCAAUUGGAUAAAUACUUGCGAAAACAUAAUAUACGGGGAUAUAAUUUCUAAUUAGUGGGCUAAUAGCUUCUUGGUCCAAGGAGAUAUCUGACUGCCAUUUUAGGGUCAAGAAGGAAUUUUUUCAUAGUUUACUGCAAAAUUAGAAGUGCUUCAGACUGGGUUUUUUGCCUUCUUUCAGAUCAACAGAUAUGAGAAAGGCAGAACUUGAUGGCCGCAAGUCUCUUUUUAGCUUUAACUUCAAUGCUACUAGCCAGGCCGAAAACUUACUCUCCACUGCAAGCCAUAGCACAUACACCACUGGUAAAUGUCUACUCGCCAGGGGUUACUGGCUAGUGUGAGUUCUGAGUUCUAGUAAUGCAAUCCUCUUUUGAAAAUUGCCCCACAUUUCUGUUAUCAACAAAUUUCUAAGUUACCCACCAUUUCCAUGCAGGCUCAUAUUGCCUUAAAGGACCACUUUAGUGCCAGGAAAACAAACUUGUUUUCCUGGCACUAUAGGGUCUUUAGGUGGCCCCCACCCUCAGGGUCCUACUACCGCUGGGCUGAAGGGGUUAAACACUUACCGUUCUCCAGCGCCAGGCUCCCUUGGUGCUGGGGAACUCCCCUUCCUCUGCCGACGUCAGCGCCGAAUGCGCAUGCGUGGCAAGAGCCGCGGGCGAAUUCAAAUAGUCCAUAGGAAAGCAUUUCUCAAUGCUUUCCUACUGACAUCCAGCGUCUUCUCACUCACUUCUCUCAGUGAGACAGCCACUAGAGGCUGGAUUUACCCUCGUGUAAACAUAGCAGUUUCUCUGAAACUGCUAUGUUUACAGCUGCAGGGUUAACACUAGAUGGACCUGGCACCCAGACCACUUCAUUGAGCUGAAGUGGUCUGGGUGCCUUUAGUAGUCCUUUAACAACAUGUUCAUUUAUUUCAAAACAUUGUAACAUCAUGAAAUCAUUGUAACUUAAUGGGAUUCUUUGUUUUCUUGGCACUGUAGAAUCCCUUCAGUCACUUACCUGAAUCCAGCGCCUAUGGCGCUGGGUCAGGCUCCACCCACCCUCCUCCUCAGCCGGCGGGACACACCUAAUGCACAUGCGUGGCAAUGGCCAUGCUCAGAUCAGGAUUUCGCCAUAGGAAAACAUUAUUAGAUGCAUAGCGUGAGGACAUCCAGCGUCAGAUAACAGACCAAACAUCCAUUUCAAUUCCGGAAGUCCCUCUAGUGGCUGUCUGGUAGGCAGCCACUAGAGGACGAGUUAACCCUGAAUAGUAAUUAUUGCAGUUUCUCAGAAACUGCAAUAAUUACCACUGUAAGGUUAAGAGACAUGGGACAUUGCACCCAGACCACUUCAAUGAGCUGUGUCCCUUUAAGGUGCCUGAGCCUUAUUUUGCAGCUUUACCUAAUGAAUGUAGUUGAAUGACUUUUAUACAUAAGUAUAGAAACUGUGCACACUUGUGGCUUCAAAUCAAUGUUCUCAAUGAGAAGCCUCUGAUUCGUCAUUUCCCCAGCAAAGAUUUCCAGAAGUUGUGGGGAGGGGGAGCUUGUAAAUGCUGCAGACAAGAGAUCUGCAGCUUUUGCUAGCUAUUUUUAGAUAUACUCCAAUUGAAAAAUGCAUAGUUAAAUGCAUGCGUGUUUUAAUUGAAGGUAUAUCUACUAAACAUUUUUUUGUCGGCCAUGAAUUGUUCUUUUGUCAUGCCAUUGCUGUGCCCAAGGUGGACCAUGUGAAUUUAAAAUAAAAUAAACUAUUGUGCUUUUUAAAAUAAGUUGUACGACCCAUAGCUAGCUUUUAGUUUGCUGCAUAUAAAUCCUGUUUUCCAGCUGCAGGUUUAAAAUUGUGCUAUUCUUACAUAGAACAGUGAGAAGUGAGAAUUCAGCCCUGGAGAGUAAAACGUCACCCAUGGUGAGUGUGCCAUGGACCCUCCAGGCUUGCAGUAACUUUUACAACUGUCUAGUAGCAUAUGACUUCAAACUUUGUGCCGUGUAAAAGGGUGUCUGGUUUCAGGAUAAUAUGGUAUUGAGGAUCCAUUCUUCCCUGGUCUAAUGUUUUAGUAAAAUGUUUACAUCCUCCUGUUAAAAAUAUAGGACAAUUUUCAGAUUAACGGCCCUUGGGCAUUUUCUUUUGGGGGGGGUGGGAGGUGGUAGAAAGGAGGUAUGGCUGUUUAGAUGAGUAAGUAUAUUUGAGAAAGUAUAUUUGGUAAUGCAUGUGAUUGUCUUCUUUCCACUUCCUUUUCCUAUUAAUGCUGUCAUUGACUCUUACACUCUUGUGUUAGGUGUGGCUCAAACUGAUUCCGUCAGCAACCUUUGUUUUCUGGACACCAACACGUUCUUCUUGUGCUGCGAGAGCGGGAGACAAUACAUUGUCGAUGUUCGUCAACCAAAACCAUCUAUAGAGGGCAGGGUAGACCCUUCAUCAACUUGCAAACCCCUCUGGCGUGCAGCCGUUACAUCUAGAAAGCAGGAAGCUACUACAACCAUAGCUAGUCUCUCUUCUGAGGGACAUAUUGUAAUUACAGACACAAGGGAACUUAGCAAACCCUUAAAGUGCACCAAACACAGAGUUUCUAACUCAGCAUCAUCUGAGAAUUUUUUGUGCAUCAGCUGGGCUCCUGCACUGGAGGAUACAAUUGCCAUCUCAGGUAAGUACUGGCCAUACACUGUGCAAGUCUAAUGUGGGCUCCCUGAGACGAUUUGCACUGUGCGUAUUGACCUAUCUACAAUGAAUCAUAGAAUAUUUUCUUUAAAAAAAAAAAAUAUAUGUAAUUUUAAAGUUCCUGCAUUUGUUUUUUUCGCUGUCUUUGCAGCGAGGUCUAUACAAACAAGAAGUGGCCAAUCAGCCAAUCAGGAGUCACUUCUUCGUUCUGAAUAUUUCCCAUAAAUCCCUGCCACGUUUAUCUUCAAGUAGGAGGGGAUGGAAUUAAUGCAUGAGCAGUAACUGCUAUCAGUUUAUAAAUUCAGUUUUUGAGUGGAGCUGUCAGGCGUGACCAUGGUUCAGGCUCCUUCAAAGUAAGCUAUGAAGAAGUUUAACUUGUAAAGUGGGGAUUUGUAGACAUAGUUAUCUAGAUGGGCGAGGUGUAAUAAUGUUAUAGCUGAAUAUGUAUUGCCCCAAGUUUAUUUCUUUCUGUUUUAGCCUUCAGGCUGAUUAAUCAUAAUCAGUGACCCCUCUGUCCUUCCUUAUGCAGGAUUUGAUGGCAAUGUUGAAAUCUACAAUACAAAAUACUGGGACACGUCAAUGAAAGAGAGAGACCCACUGUUUACUCACAAAGGUCACUCUGUCAUGGCUGUAUGUGAAGAUGGAGGCACUCCAAAGGUGACGGCACAUUCCUGGCACCCGUGGAAGGAACAGACUGUACUCUCUGCUGCCACGGACGGCUCAUUACAUGUCUGGGACUGGGCAGACACUCCUACCGAGCAGCACCCAUAGCUACAAUGACCCGGAUACCUUCAGUAAUGUCUUUGUUCGUGGGAAGAAUAAAUAAUACUUUUUUAUUUUUUUCCCAUUAUGUGGUAUUGUUCAAGUUGUAGCUAAAGAAAUAAAAACUAUUUACCUUGGAAUAUAAUCAAGAAAAGAUGUUAACACGAUUUAAGAAAAGAUGUCUGGGACAGGGGGGGUAGUAUCACUGAAUGUUUCAGUUAAGAGAAAAUGUUACUAAUCUACAGUGAAACCGUUAUUAGUCCAACUAAUCUUAUGGAAAUGGAAAGAUCUUCUAGAUGUUCUCGCACGUUAUGGCCAAGUAAAUUAAUGGAGGUAGGUUUACUGUACUGGAAGUAGGGAUAUCUUUUAAAAACAAAUAAAGUAACCAAAGGCCAGAUACAUUAAGGUUGUAGAUGGUAAGAGCAUUUCUAAAGUACAUCUCUCCUACUCACUAAGAAUAUAUCAGGUUAAUAUAGAUCAGAGUUAGGACAAGUGUGAUCCUCCUCAAUAAUAGCAGAUAGUUCUCUACCGAGAAGGGAAAGGGCAGGAAAUAUAAUAAGGACUUAUUACCAGUCUUUAGGGUUUGCCUAGUUAAUGUUGGUUAUGUGGAUGUUGAAGGGGCACAUUGGAGACACACCACUUCCAUAUUUUUCAAAAGUGGAUGCUGGGCCCAAGUCUCAUUUUAGCAGCUCAGGACUGCAAAUUACCUCUCAAAGGCCACGUAUAUUUUUUAAGUAUAAGCAGCUCAUCAAUUCAAAUUAUGAACUAGAAAAGCUACAAUUUCUGGGGAAAUUGUGUGAAGUGUUCUUGCCUCCACCAGUAGUCUACAACUGGAGUGGGCGGAGUAACUGUUAUCAUUUAUAUAGCACAUUUAAUUGCAACGUUGUUGCACAGUUACAUUAAACCAUACAUUUAUAAAAACAUUAGCAGGUGUUCAAAAGGCCCUGUCUAUGACAUCACUUGCUGCUGCAGCCUGACACAGGUCAGAGUAUUUUGGCGGUUGCCAUCUUCAAACGGUCGUAUCUUAAAAACUAUAACUCCUACAGUGAAGAGCUUUAUAUUGUGAGAAUCACAAGACCCAGACCUACAUUUUGAUGCAUAGUAUGUCUCUGAAGUAUUAAAAAUGAAGGCACAGUCGCAGUUUAGAAAUUGCACUUAAAAUUUGAGCUUUGUAGAGUGAAGUUUCAAUAAAUGUCAAUGGACGGCAUUAGAUGCAAACAAAUGAUUAUAUUGUGAAAACUAUCAGGACUAUGGCUUAGCCGUUGACAUGUUUAGUGGCAGCAGGACGUUUUGAUAUAAGAUUUGUGUAGGUGGGCCUGAAAAUGAGAGAGUGGCGGCAGUUUAGAAAUCAUGUCCUGAUUUUUCAGCUUUUGCCAGCUCCCACUCUAGCUUUGUCAUUCAUUCCUAUGGGACAAAUUUCGCCACAAGAACGACGAUAUUCCGUGAACCAUUCGGCGAAACGUUCCACAAAGUAAUAGCAAUCCGAUCGGGAACAAUCUGCACGUUUUGGUAAAUUUUUGUCUAUGUAGUGUAAAAACUGUAGGAGGAGUUAGGGUGGCAAAUUUUGCUAUAAUAAGAAUAAUAAUAAUAUAUAUGUGAGAUAACAUUAAGUGGUCUUGCUAUGCAAGAACACUUAACAAGUGCAUACUAUUUGCUGUGAAAAGGGGGAAUAGUUGGGGUAAACUUAUCCGGGGGUAGUACCCAGUCAUCUGCAUCCCGGACAAAGCUGUCAUGGAUUCCGAAACCAAAACACAUACAGACCACAAAGAGAGAGAACACAGAGAGAGAAACUUGUAAUACCAGUCCUUAGAAUGGCCUGGCUAUACAGGCAGAGAAUUGUCAAGGUACAUGCCGAGGUCAAAGGAGUAAAGAGAAACGGAACAACGAUAGGACAAGCCGAGGUCAAGGAUCAGAGAAGACAGGAUAAGCGGGAGACAAAGCCAAGAUUCGGUAACCAAUCAGAUAGAUGACUAAAAAUCACACCCCAAAACUGGUCUACUUAUUCGGCCUGGGUGUGAAAAUUUUUAAAACAGUGGCCAAUACAUAGGCCGGGCUGAGAGGGGCAGUCAGGGCAGUAAUAGCUGGUCUCAGCUCUUACGCCCCUCUUGUAACACACCCUACACCUUUUCUGGGGGUUUGUUUUUUUAGGGGUUGGUGGAAUCUUAAAGCAGAAGUGACCUGCCUCCAUUCUUCUGCUAGGCUCCACUGAUGGAUCUCCUUGUUGGUUCCUCAAGUAGCCCAGAAAUGAGCUCAAACUGGAAUGAAAGAAAAGUGCUUUUCAGCCCAGCAUUUGCCUUUUAAAAAAUGACAAAGGCAUUGUGGAUUGCCAUCUGCAUCAGAUAUAUGCCCACUUUUUUAUACCAUGCCCUGGUCUUUCGCAUGAUCAAAUACGGCUGCAUCAGUUGAUCGGACAGGUCAACGCUCCCCAUAUGCCGAUUAUAUUGCCGUAUGCAGACUGGCACUCAUUUACAUUCCUCUCUGCCACGAACUGCGACCCUCCAAGUGUUUUCACCAUGAAUGGUGGUUAAGAUGAAAACAUCCUUUUUAUCCCUGUGUUUCAGUGCCAGCAGUUCAUUCUGGCAGAGAGCUGCUGUUUCCCCCCUUUUCAUUUUUUUGUUCGCUAGAGCCUUUGGGAAACCUGUGCGACUCUUCCAAAUAGUGCCACAGGCCACGGCCUUGAAGCAGUACAACAUUUUUAACAGUGGGAUGCUGUUAUAAAAGUUAUCAAUGUAUAAAUUAUAACCUUUAUUAAGUAGUGGCAUUAUUAAGUCCCAGACAAUUUUCCCACUUGUCCCUACUAUAUCUGGGCAACCUGGGGGAUCAAGGUGGCUAUCCCUUCCUUCGUAUACACGGAAGGUGUAUACAUAGCCACUGCCACUUUCACACAGUUUAUAAAAUUUGAUCCCAUAUCGGGAUCUUUUGGAUGGGAUAUAUUGUCUAAACCCCAGUCUUCCCUUAAACUUCAUGAGGGACUCGUCAAUGGAAAUGUUUUUAUUGGGGGUAUAUAUAGUGGCAAAUUUACUGUUAAAGUAGGCAAUUAAAGGGCGGAUUUUAUAAAGAAGAUCAUACUGCGGAUCACCUUUUGGGGGGCACUUGUUAUUGUCACUAAAGUGCAUAAAUCGCAGUAUGUCUUCAUAUCUUUCCCUCGGCAAAAAAGGGAGUAUUGCAAAUAGGAUGUUUAGACCAAUACAUCCUAAUUGUGGGCUUUUUAAUUAGUCCCAUUAACAUGGUCAGUGCCCAGAAUUGUUUCAAUUCAGGCACACUGGUUGGGUUCCAUCUCUCUUUCCUGAAGAUAAGACAGUCUGGAUUGCGUGCCAGAUACUGCUCUGCAUAGAGAUUAGUCUGGGUGACUAUCUCCCCAAAAAUCUCAUCCCCCAAGAACAGCUGCAUAACAUCCAGCGCACGAUAGCCAGACAGGUCAGCCUGUAUGCCAGGAUUGGCUGUAAACACUGGGAUGUCUGGGGAAAAAUUAUUAGGGGGUACCCAGUCAUCUGCGCCAUGUUCAGCAUUAGGGGAAUCAUCGAUUUCCCCUGAUGGUCCUGCAGUAUCUGGCACAUAGUCCCUGUCCCCUGCGUCUGUCGCCUCUGAGUCGGCCGCUAACAGGGCAUAAGCCUCCUCUGCACUAUACUUCCUGAACAUUGUUAAAUACAGUUAACACAGCUAACAAAACUUUAACUAAAUAACUAAACUUUUUUUUUUUUUUUUUUAUUCCCUAAUUCCCACUAAAUUCCACCCACCCAAGUAACUAAAUCAUAAACUAAUACAAUCAAAUAAUAAAAUUUAACCCCUCAGGGUUACAAAAAAACAUAAAAUGUAACCCUUGAAAGUAAAAAAAAAUAAAUAGAUCACAGUAAAGUACUGUGGCCUGUAUAUUGAUCACUGCUAGCAGUGAUCAAGCAGCAGAGAAAGGGUUAAUUUUUUUUUUUUUUAUAGGGGAAGCAAGUUUUAAUAUAACUUAACUAUUCUUCUGGGACACAAUGUUACAACUAUCCGUCUCUCUCCACUUCACAAACCCACAAGAGGUGGAGAGAGGCGUAUCAGAUGUCCCAGCAGCAUUGUGACCGCUGUGACUGAUUGUCACAGCGAUCACAUGGGCUGGGAUAUCGGGAUUUGCUGUUGCUGGUCUGCCCCUGACUCGGAGGCACCCAGCAAACGCGUGACGGACAAGGUCCAUCACUCGUCAUUAACGCUUUCCCCUGAGUGACGGACCUCGUCCGUCACUCGUCCUUAAGGGGUUAAUAUUUGCAAUAUAUUAGUGUUUUCAAUGUAUUCUGACAAUGGAAAAGUACCUAACCGCAUGUCUGCAUUACACCUAUGACCCAGAUUGUCAGUAUUGCAAACCCUAUAUGAAGACUCUGCUUUCACUGUUUAUGUAUACACCCCUAGACAACCGUGCUAUACAUGCACAAUAAAUCUUCAAAAGCUUAUUAAUAUUAUAUCUGUGUGGUACACAAAGAGGGGUACACAAAGAGGGGGUGUGAGUUAGGUAAUCUCGACCUGCAUAUGGAAUAUGCUUCCUCCUUGUUCACUUUUGGUCACUUUUGACCCCAACUGAAUUUCUUGGGAAGAUUCAUGAGAAAGAUACAGCAGGUUGUUUUGAUAUAAAGAAAGUGGGAAAAGUAUGUUGUAUCGGUCACAAAGGAUUGUGAUCUUAAGCAGGCGAGACAAUGACAUUUGGAAGGUGAUAGGAGUUUGAAUCAGAAAAGUUUUGGAGGCAGAGGCAGAGGAUUUGAUCAAAGGGUCUAACUUUUGUAGAGGUGGCAACUUCAGCACUGUUUUAAUUGUGGAUAGCAGGGGUUCACCCCAAGGUGCUCGUGGUGAACACGGUUCUCCCGGUCAAGCUGGCCCCACUGGUACUCCUGGUAUUGCUGGUGUCCCUGGCUUCCCUGGUGCCUGUGGUGCUCCUGGACCUCAAGGCCCCGGAGGUACCCCUGGACCUAAGGGUAACAAUGGUGAACCUCGUGCUCAAGGACACAAAGGAGAACUCGGUGCUAAGGGAGAACCUGGCCCAGCUGGCGUUCAAGGACCCACCCUGGCAGGUUCCUCAAUACCAACCAUAGCUUCCAACCUAUACCCACACCCAACAACCCCAGCCUAAUACACAGUUGGUUCAUGUUUUUAAUACUUUAUAUAUAGUUUUGAGUGAUAAAACUGUAUUAAUGCUGGCUCUUAGAGGAUGUACAAGCUGAAGUUGGGACCUAGACAUUGUUUGCAUAGGCUGCGCAAUGUGAAAUAACUAAAAUAAAAUAGGAUAAUAAUAAGUAUGCUUAGUCAAUUUGUAACGUGGUAUCAUAGAGGCAUCUGCAAUAAAACAAGUGGGUUUCCAAGACCUGACAAGUGAGGGCAACUUAAUAUAACAUAUGUCUACAGUUUGCUGCCCCUUCCUUGUCAGAGGCCACUUGCAACCUUAACACAGGUAGUAAUUCAUUUUGUUUCUCCUAUUUCAUUCCUAGUUGUUCUAAAAAAAAAUUAAAAAAAAUAAAAAUGUUAUGUGGGAUAACUGUACAGUAUUAAAACAUGAUCACACACAUACAGAACUGGUGGCUUUUUGGACAUCGGGAUCUAUAAAAGGUUUCAGUUUCCAAAGAUGUUAUCGGGGUUCACAAAAUUUCUGACAGACUUCAGCAUUCCAAUUUUAUUAAAGUCAUUAAUUGAUAUUAUCAAAUCAAGGUUUAAGAACAGCAUUUUAUUGGGAAUUAUUCCAAUAUGUAUAUGUUAGUGUUUUAGUACUCAACAAGCAUUUAUAUAGAAUGAGUGCUUCUCUCAUCCAUACAAGGCAUUCUAAAGGGAAAUUAUGUAUUAAAAUUUUAUAAAGGACAAAUUCAAUGUAUUAUAAACAAAACUGAGAGAAGUACAUGUUACACUAGUUAAGAGUUUAACUUUAGUCUCUAAUUUGAGUUUAGCCUCGAUAAUUAAUUUAUUGAUGUCGUACUGAUCCUUGUGUUUGUAUGAUUAUAGAGUAUUUGUGCCGCCUGAUAUUUGGGACUACACACCAAUCUCUCUGGCUGACCUACCUGCCUACCUACCUUUUUUUGCAAUUAAAUCUGUUUGGUCAAAAUCCAUGCUGGCCGAAGAAACUGAGAUGCUUACUUAUGAGGACAUAAGCUAACUUGGAAAGUGCUGAAGAUGCAGUGCUGUCUAAUGCCGCUAUUUCUGUAUUACCCUUUCAACAAUUGGGGUGUUGCACAGAGUAUUGUGGUGAACAUCCAGCAAAACAGAAGAUUUAAGAACUAUGUGGAAGCUGACAUUGUCUUGUUGUCAGCCAUAUUGCUACCCUUAGCUAUUUUAUGGUGUCUAAGUUUAUGG